GCGGAGUCGAGGGAGCCGCGUUCAUACAAACCCGGUGGCCGCUCGCCGUGGGAAAUGGAAACCCAAGAGCGGCCUCCCUCUUCUCCGCCUCCACAUCCACCUCCCUCCUCUCGGCCGCCCCUUCCCUUCCCCGACGUCGUCCCUCCGCUCGCGGACGCGUCGGCAGGCGGGGUCACCCAAGGAGCAAUGGAAGACCCCGUGGUCGACCCUUCGGCCGUUGAUCUCGGCUGUGACCCGCAAGAAGGCACUGGCGACUCUGAAAUCGACCCCCUUCUUGAAGUCGACGCCUUCCCUGAUGCCCCUGAAGACCUUAUUCUCGAAGAAGCGGAGGCGGCUCCCUCCGGUCCGGCAGUUCUCUCUGACGAACUCCGUGAUCAGAUCGUUCGUCAGGUAGAGUACUACUUCAGCGAUGAAAAUCUGCCUACAGAUAAGUUUUUGUUAAAGUUCAUCAAGAAGGACAAGAAGGGAUAUGUUCCUAUUGCAGUUAUUGCAUCCUUUAGAAGAAUGAAAAAGCUUGUUCAAGACCUAUCUUUAAUUGAAGCUGCACUUAGAACAUCCUCCCAGCUUGUUGUUAGUGAGGAUGGGAAAAAAGUGAGGAGAUUAAAUCCAUUGCCAGUUGUUGCAACCACUGAAGCGAAGUCACGAACUAUUUUAGUGGAGAAUUUACCGGAUGAUAGAUCAGAAGAAAAUAUGCAAAGAAUCUUCGGCAAACUCGGAAAGAUUGUGAAGAUUACUCUCCAUGAUCCACGAUCAGUAGACAAAUCAGCAAGUAACUGGAAGUCUGGAGCCACAAUCAGCUCUAAGGUACAUGCUCUUGUUGAGUACGAAACAGUUGAUGCAGCUGCGAGUGCUGUCAGCUCUCUGAAUGAUGAAAAGAAUUGGAGAAGUGGCAUGCGUGUUGAGCUUUUGCUCAAGAGAAUGGGAAAGUAUGGGCUUGUCCCAAAAGGACGCAAGGCAACAUCCGUUGAGAAGAGCAAUAGUGCUCAAGUAGACGAACCAACUGCAGAUAGGGAGAAGAGUUCAUUAGACAACCAUGAGGAGCUACCCACAACUGAGGAAGGAGAGCAGGGUAAAGGUGUUCGAAGGAAUCGAUACAAAAGUCGAGGAAGAGGUCAAGUUCGACAAAGUGAUAAUGGACAUGGCCAUGGACGCAAUCCCCCUGCUUCUGCUGUUGAUUUUCCACACAAGCCUGUACAAGGGCCGAGGAUGCCAGAUGGAACAAGGGGUUUCUCCUUCGGACGGGGUAAACCUGCCAUUUCUGACCACAAGCCUGAUCAACAUGAGUUAUUUUGAGACUGGUUUACAAUCAGUGAUAAUGUGCCACUGUAAUCCUGGUCUUCUAUGCAUGCCAAAAUUGAUGUGCUUCAAGCAACAAAAAAACCUGUACAUUUUCUAAAAUCCAUGUUUGUAAAUCACACUUGACAUGUAUCGGAUGAUGAGGGUCACAAGCAUAAUCAAAAAUCUUUUGUUUGGUUUUCUAAAGA